AUGAGUCGUCAGCGUGCAAUCGCUGCCAAUUUCGACGAGGAGCUGCGAUGCCCUCUUGAAAUGGACGGUGGCCGAGCGGAAGGAGGCUGCGUGGUGUGCGCUCGCCGUUUCUGGAUGAACGAGUUGUUUUCCAUGGUUCUCUUUCAGAGGCCGGAUGAAGAUGCGUCGACAAUCGAGGUACCUGCCGGCGCCGAGACGCUGGCCCCGAAUCAGCAGCACCGUCUUUGCCGAUUGUUGGGCGUCGCUCGGUAUGCGGAGCGCUGGCCGCAGAUAGCUCUUUCCGAACUGAAGGCCUCUGCUGUGGAGCAUCCGUACAUUGAAGGCGAGUUUCUGCUGCUGCAUCGCCGCCGCAUGCCGGCAUCUUUCACGGACCCCUGUACGGUUUGCAGAGACUGUCGCAGGAGUUUGAAGAGCAGUAUUCUCACGCUUCCCAGGCAUGCGCUGGCCAACGACCUUUGGAUCGGACGCGUAUUGCCCGAGCUCAGCAACCUCUCGGCUGGAACAAAACGGCUGCUUCCCAUCGUGCGGGUUUGCAUGCAGGUGACCGUCUUGCAACCUUUGUCACUGCCGCGAGACGAGAGGCAGAAGGGAUACAUCGGUAACACGAUCUUCCUGCCGCAGGCUGGGCCUAGCGCCAUCCAGGCUACUCUGCCUCCCAAAGACCAAGACAUGGCCGAGAGCAUCUUGUUCGUUUUGGUUGGGCAGAAGAAGCAGGAACUGCGGUCCAGCAAGCUUUUGCAAGCUCCCAGAGAGGAGUAUGUUGCCGCUGUUGAGAAGCUGCGCGAGACGUCGCCUUACUACAGGUCGGUCGCGCUGGAGGCCGGCCUAACUCCUGGUGACGACGUCGACGCACUGGAAGGCUGCGUUUUGGAAACGGCCGCUGACAGUUACUUGGCCCGCGAACUUUUGCAAAAGGGCCCGGCCGAUGCGCAAGGCCAAGAUGAGGAGGGCGAGCCAGACGAACAGAAUCUGGAUCGCGGCCCCGGCAGCUCGGAGGACGCUGUCUUGCGAAGUCCAGCUGCCGGCGUCAGCAACUUGGAGGACGCUGUCUUGCGAAGUUCAGUUGCUGAUCCGGAUCCUGGCCGUGGCGCCGGCAGUUCGGAGGACGCUGUCUUGCGAAGUCCAGCUGCCGGCGCCAGCAACUUGGAGGACGCUGUCUUGCGAAGUUCAGUUGCUGAUCCGGAUCCUGGUCGCGGCGCCGGCGGUUCGGAGGACGCUGUCUUGCGAAGUCCAGCUGCCGGCGCCAGCAACUUGGAGGACGCCGUCUUGCGAAGUUCAGGUGCUGAUUCGGAUUCUGGCCAUCUGGUAUCCAGCAUCGUUGGAUUGAACGAUCAGUCGGAUGACGGCAAUCGCUGGUUGCGAGUGUGUAGCGAUGUAGAAGAACUAUGUCGUCGCAGGCCUCCGCAAUAUUACACGGAUGCGGAAUCCGUCCUUCGCAGCCGGGUGCAGAACGAGGUGGAUCCGGAUCGGCCGCAUGCUGUGGGCUUGUUGGGGCGCGAGGGCCAGCAGGAGCGGGCAGUGCUGCGCCGUGUUCAAAAGGUGCAGUCGAUGGCCAAGGGUGUGGAGCAGGAGCGACGAGCCCAGAAGCAGAUGUUUGAAGUGCGGCCGCAAAAGCUCGUGGUACCUUCUCGUGACGAACCGAUGAACAUGUUUCAGCCGGCCACCUGGGCGAUGGCGUUCCCGGAGCUUUUUCCUUGGGGGGACGGCGUUCCGUUCGUCAGGCGCGAGACGGGCAUGGAGGCGGGCGAGGUAUUUCGGUAUUUGUUGCUUCGAGAAGAGCUGGUUUAUGGCGACACGAUUGCUUCGCCGGCCCUUCCUCGGUGGAGUAUGUCCGUGUCCUGGCAGUGUUACAUUCAAGACCGGGUUCGGAGUUAA